CCAAUUUCCCGCCCUUACGGUAACCUUUGACCUCCACUCCAAAACAAAAUGGCGACAAGUGAUACGUGCGGCGAGUGUUGCUCAUUCUUCUGCCAGCUGUUUUGAAAUCUGUCGUAACAAACGAUGACUUCUGUGGGCGGGUCCGGGCCGGGGACUUCUUCCAUGCUGUUGCGGCUCGCCACGGCCCUGUUUUACGGGUUUUCUUCCUUCAUGAUCGUCGUGGUCAACAAGAGCGUUCUGACGACCUACCAAUUUCCAAGUUUCCAGUUCUUGGGGCUUGGGCAGAUGGUGGCCACUAUUUUUGUCAUGUACAGUGCCAAGAAACUCAGUAUUGUCAAGUUCCCUGACUGGAACAGGGACAUUCCUAGAAAAGCCUUUCCACUGCCUCUUAUAUACAUCGGCAACUUAAUAUUUGGGCUGGGAAGCACAAAGAGAUUAAACCUGCCCAUGUUCACAGUCCUGCGUAGAUUCUCCAUCCUCUUCACCAUGAUUCUGGAGUAUGUGGUUCUAGGGCACCUUGCUUCCAGGAGAGUGCAGGCAAUAGUAAUACUGAUGGUAAUAGGAGCCAUUAUAGCUGCCUUAAACGACCUUGCCUUUGACCUCAGGGGUUACGUCUUCAUACUUCUCAACGAUCUCUUCACUGCCCUGAACGGCGUGUAUGUCAAGAAAAAGCUGGACUCCAAGGAUCAGGACCAGGAAAAUGUGCAAGAGGAGCUGGGAAAAUACGGACUACUUUUCUAUAAUGCCCUCUUCAUGCUGUUUCCAACAAUGGCCAUCUGUGUCAGCACUGGAGAUUUUGAGAAGGUGCUAGCGUUUCCAGGUUGGAGUGAGCCGCUGUUCGUCCUACAGUUCUUCAUGUCCUGCUUCAUGGGGUUCAUUCUGAUGUACUCCACUAUCCUGUGUACAGGCCACAACUCUGCGUUAACAACAACAAUAGUUGGCACAAUUAAGAACAUUUUGAUAACAUAUCUAGGAAUGGUGUUUGGUGGUGACUACAUUUUCAGCUGGUCCAAUUUUGUAGGACUCAACAUCAGUGCAUUAUCUGGUAUUACUUAUUCCUACAUCACCAUAACUGAGAUGCAGAAAUCAGCUCGCGGAGGAUAGUUGCUUCUUUGCUGCACCGUAGACGAGUGUGUUAUGCAGCCUGUGCUACACCUUCAUCAGCCUCACAGACCCCUUCACCAGGAGAUCCCCCAGUUUUACUUCUUCAGGACACAGUGCUGAUCAUCCCAACCUCAGAGUACAGAUCUUAUAACAUGUAGCAUCAUAGGAUAUUGCAGGAGAUUUUUUUUAGGCCUACGGCUGACCAAGAAGGCUAUAUAACCUCUUUAGUCUGACAGACCAGGGUUUAACAAGUUUACUAAAAUUUCUUGUACCUGAAAAAUUUUCUAGUCUGAACCAACUUUUCACUUUCCUAAAAUUUGAAUAACAUUUUUCAAACUGGGGCCCGUCAGCUUUCAGGACCGAAAAAGUAUUAUAUAAAAGACACCAAACUAUAAAAGACGUAAAGAGAAAAGUCAUGAGCAUUAUUUGUUUAUAUUUUUACGUAUACAAUCUAUUUUUUGUUUCCACAAACAGCCUGGCUGGG